GCAAAACGUAAAUAGAGGAAGCUGAAAAAAAUGGAGGAAAGCGAAAUAGCAACACAAAAGGAGUCUGUUGGUAACAUAUGCGUGAAAGACUCUGUUGAAAAUCAGACUAAAGAAGCUACAGGCGACAUUUCCUCACAGAUGUCAAACCGUGAAACAGUUAGUAAGCCGUCCGAGGAGACGGAAGGUCGGUAUAACCGGCUGAAGUUGUUCGACAAAGUGAUGCAGAAGAGCCUGGAAAAGUUCAUCGAGCAUGCCAGUUUUAACAGAUUUGCCAGCACAUUUCGUCCACUGUACAAGAAGAACCCUCAGAGGAUGGAGAGCAUUCACAAGCAGUUCAUAGAGGAGUUGCGGAGGACUAUACAGGAGGACAUCAGCAGAUUGAUUGAAGAAGGCCGGUUAGAGUUCAAACUGAAUGAGCUGGACAGACUGGAGAGUGCUGCCAAGAACAAUCCAGAGGCUGCAUGGCGGCCGAGUGGUGUUCCCGACCACGACCUUUGCAGCUUUUUGAUGCCAUACUAUCAGAAGCAAGAAGCCUACAUGCGACUGGAGCUAAAAAAGAUUCAAGUAGAGAACGCUUCCCUAGCACAGAAGGUUCAGGCUGGUAGAGAGAGUAUCGCUCAAACUGAACAUCGUAUUUCUACCGCUGUUGAUGAGUGGAAGGCAUCAGUCACAGAGUUUGAAAGGCUGGCAUCUUCUCUCUGCCCUGCUGAUGUCUUUGAUGUGUAAUCUUGAUCUACAGAUAUAUCAAAUAACACAACUGUACAUAAUUGAUUUUGUUUACUAUGUCUGUUUUGUCUGAAAAUAAACUUGAAAACUUGGAAAUAAAAA